AGUACUAAAAACCGAUUGUUUUCAAACUAAAGGACUGGUUCAAAUGAUGUGAUGACUCGGAGAUGAAUAUAAUUAAUAUGCAGUUCCUGAAAUGGUUUCACCUUCACCGUUAUUCUCGGUAUUUAGGGUAGCUGUGCUUUAGUGUAGUUUAUCAAGAUGAUACAGUGUUGCUGUGGAAAUCAGUGAUAUUUUCAGCUUGAGAGGGUUGCGGAGUGUUGUAUUGCAAUGGUUGUGGAGGUGGAGAGCUUUUAUGGAGUGUACAUGCUCUACUGUACCAACCCCAAAUUUAAGGGGCGCAUUUACGUCGGCUUUACCGUAAACCCCGAGCGGAGAAUCGGCCAGCACAACGCUGGGAGACACAAAGGUGGAGCGAAGAAGACCAGCGGAAGAGGACCGUGGGAGAUGGUGCUUAUCAUCCAUGGCUUUCCAUCUGAUAUUGCUGCUCUAAGGUUUGAGUGGGCGUGGCAGCACCCGCACAUCUCUCGCCGACUCUCCCACGUGACCCGGCGCACACGUAAAGAAUCAAGCUUGCAGUUUCACUGGCGCGUGCUCUCCAACAUGCUGCGGGUGGCACCCUGGAGUCGUCUACCCCUCACCGUGCGCUGGCUGAGGCAGGAAUACCAACUGGAGUUUGAGCCACAGCUGCAGCCACCUCUGCACAUCCCUCUGACCUUCGGCUGUGUUCGUGCUAAGAAGAAACAACAGCAGGAAGACAUGGAGGAAGAGGAGAGCCGUCUGGACCAGUGUCUACUGUGUAGAGGGAUUGUGCAGACUUCAGAUAGACUGUCCUGCUUCCAUCCCUCCUGUAAGAUGGUCUACCAUCUGAUUUGUUUGGCAAAACAUUUCUUGAAGUCAGACCCGGCUCACCUACUUCCUGUUGAGGGCGAGUGUCCCGGCUGCCAUCACUCAGUGCUGUGGGGGAAUUUGGUUCGACACAAAAACGGCUGCUAUGGCGACCUAGAAGAGAUUACUUUAAAUUCUUCUCAGAGUCACUGGGCAGAUGAGUUGCAGAUAUGAACAAAACCGAUAGUGACCUCAACUUCCAACAUAGAUGGACAAAAGAAGCCUGUCUGAAAUGUAAGGACCUUCAAUCAUGAUUUCAAUCUGAAUGCAUGACCUAAUGUUCUGAAUCCAUGUGUAUUCAAAAUGCAAAAUGUCACUAUUUAUUAUUAUUAUUAUUAUUAUUAUUAUUUUUAAUUACUGAACAUUCAUUUUUUUAAUGAUUAUUAAAACAUGGGUAUAAGCUCUUUUAUUUGGUUUUUAUCAUAAAAUAAUGAAUCUUGAUGUGAACAGCUUUCUUGAGAAUGUUUUUUAGACAUAUACAUAUUUUGUACUGUGAAAAUAUUUAUGAAGCAAUAAAGCAAUGAAUUUAUAUUCA